UGUCAAAACAACACAUUUCGGUAAAACUCCCUUAAAAGUCUAUAAUAUUGUUGAUGUUAAAGCAGCUAAUAUAUAGUUAUUUCCCUAAUUGUAAGGACUCUAGACUACUCACAAUGAGGGGUGCUACGUCAACUUCUAAUCGUCUGUCAUUCUGUGGUAAGAUAAUCACAUUUAAUUACGCUACCACCGCAAGUGACAACAAGAAAAGCGAGCUGACAUUCCGCAGCUUUUCUUUCCAACAAGACGUGUUUGUAAAGGCAGAUGAGGGAGCUUUUGUCAUUAGUCACAAAGACGCUUCUCGUGUGGACUCCUCAUUGAAGUGUAACUACGUCGUAGAUGUUCAACGGAGGACAGCAACUCCGUGUGUCCUUGUGGCUAAAAAGAACAAGAAAGCAGACGUUUUCCUGUACAGUUUGUUCACAGUGAGUGGGUCAAACAGACUGGAGCCUUGCAUCGAGUUCCAGCUGCCUCACCACCUGAAUGGAGAUGUUUGCAUCCUCAAGGGUCCAACCGUGCUGUGGACACACGCUGAUGCUGUGUUUCAUACAUCCAGGGCGGACGCAGGAGGGGUCAAGCGGGUGGCCCUCCAGCUGUCCCACUGUCUUGUUGGUGAGCUUCCACUUCAUGGAGGACAAGCGUUCAUACUGGGACAGUCCCCCACUAAGCAGACCAUUGGCUACUUGCUGGAGACUGGCCGCUCCUUCAAUGGCGCCAUGAUUCUACCUCACCCUUACAUCAGCAUCACUAAGUGCAUCUAUGUGCUGUCAGCUCACCAAGCAGGAGAUUACACUGCAUUACAUUGCACUGCGGUUGCAGCCACCUCCAAUCACCAGCUUCUUUACCUGGAGGAUGGCAUGGUGAAAGACACAUGCCAGCUCCCAUUCCAGCAACCUGAAGAUAUUCAGGCGGUCGACACGGGAAGGAAUGGACUCAUCUUUGUUGUGUCUUUUUGCCAUGGGCAUGUGUGCGCCGUCAGGAAGGACACAUUGCAGGUAGCAGCGCAAUGGUCAGAAGUGAGCUCCGUGCAUGUGGACGAUUUUCUUGGAUGUGGCACAGAACAGAUACUGUUAGUUUUUAUGGAUGAAGGGGGACAACCACUGGAGCGUUUCAUCAUCACGGACCUAUGUGGGGUCUCUUAUUCGCAUGGUGAGCAAAAGGAAGCAACAGCGAAGACGGCUGCUCCGCCAGAGAACCACCUCCUCACGAUUCAGGCUUUAGAAUCCAGACUGCAGAGUGGACUGAGCGUGCUGCAAGAGCUUCAAGGAGAAGUGAGAGUAAAAGAAAGAGUUGUACAGCAGUCGGUGCGAGCACUCAGUGACGUCGUCCACCAUCGAGAGCCAUGUCUCACACAGCCUGAACAGGAAGGUCUCAUCGCUCUGUGGGAGAGUGAUGACGAGUCAAAGGACGAGGACUUGGAUGACAAGACCCAAGUCAUGCCAGCGGUGUCCUGCAGACCUCAAGUUGACAAGCUGUGGCAUCGUAUUGUCGAGGACCGGUUGGUUGUGGGAGUGAUACUUGCGGCCCAGAGCUCUGUACCAGCGGUCGGUACGAGCUUAUCCGUCCUGACAGAGGCGAGCCAGAGCUCACCGCCCGCAGUCAUCCAGACCCAAAGCCAAGUGUUGUGGCUCCCCGUGCUCGGCCCCUCUCCCGCCACCUCCUCGACCUCCACCUUCCCAGAGCCGGCAGCCAAAAGAAGCAAGCGGCACGACGCAAGCGGCCCAAAUGAUCUCAACACAGCCAGACUCGCCGUGACUGCCGUGACCAGGCUGCCACCUUUGCUGAACUCUGGCUGUGUCAAGUGCAAUGUCAUGCUCCAUUACGCCCCGACACAGGACGAUUCCCUUGGCCUCGCCAGCGUCUCGACACCACCUGUCCUGCAUUGUGGUCAAGUUACUGUAGACAUCCACCAAGAUUUCAAAGCUCGACUGCUGAAAAACCCCGAGCUUAAAACAGAUGAGGCUCAGGAAGACCUGCUGUGUCUGUUGGCGGUGUUGGAUCACUGGGUUUUCCGCGUAGACUCUCCCGAUCACAGCUUCGGUGAUAUUGACGACUGGCUGCAGAGGAGAGUGGGCUGUAAGAGGAUAGAAGUGAGCCCUCAGCAUCGACUGUUGGCUUCUCAAGGACCAUCUGCUGUCUCGCUGCUGCGCUGGCAUCACAUCAGCCCUUUCCAGGGGGAACUGACGAUCCACUCCAGCCACUUACAGAUGCUCCAGCUUCUGGACUCCCUGCUAGGCUACCUUCCAGUGUCCUCCACCAUCCAGCCCGUCAAGGAUGCAAGAGGAGAGUGGCCACAGCAGAUAUUUUCUGUGACUUUGGAAAAGGAAGUGGCAUUGCUGCAUGAGUUUGUGUCAUUGCCGCAAUGUGCUGAGCAGGAAAGAGAUGAUGAGAGGAUGACUGGGCCCGAAGAGACCCCUGAGACAGACUCGCUGGAGGGGCUCCAGAGGUGCCGAUUGGCCUGGCAACGGGAUGUGGAGAGGAGUAGGCGGACUUUAAACCCCCUAGUGGAUGUGAGUAGGUACCGAAUGCUUAUCCAAAAGCUGUCUGAAGUUCAGCUUGAUGGGGAUUUAGCAGCGCUCAUGGAGACGUGGAGAACGUUAUCUCCAUGAAUUAAUAAAAAUAUUGCCUUGUACAGUGAUGGCGUUUUGGUUACCCUCGGUUGUUGCAUCCCAUCUCCAAAUCCCAACCUGGUCAGUCAUACAGUCUCUGUCUCGGUGGGUGGAGGCGGGGCCGCUAACAUUCACACAGAGUGCAAAAGUGUGUAACGCAGUAGAAAUUAAAUUAGUAGAUUGCAAUAUAUUGUCAUAUAUAUAUAUGUUGUUGUUUUGUUUUUUUAAAGUAAUGUUAAAAUCUGGUCUCGUUCUCGUAGACCCAUUGCCAGUCUCGUCUUGUGAACGGAGUGUCUCGUGACACCCCCACCUCCAAGGUGUCAAUCGCUUUAUUUCGACACGAGGCUGAGCUGCGCUCACAUCCCUCCUGACGUUAUGUGUCCUGAGAAGCACCGCUCUCUGUAGAUGUUCUCUAAUUUCACCCCGAAGCGCGAGAUGUGGCAGUGAUAGCACAUAGGAAAGCUUUUACCAGUCCUUUCACCUCACGCUUCAGUUGUUUCCACCGAUGAUGCUGGCUGUUAAAAUGCCACAAGUGAAGUCAGGCGACUCUUGGAUGCACAAGAUGUCUAACAGAUUGACCUGGCAAGCAAUGUUUCACAAAAUGGUUCUUGUUGCUUUCGACCCAGAGGGGACUGAACAAAUAUGAACUUUUUUUUUGUCCAAGCCUCACUUAUAAUAUUUUUUCCACAUUGACACUUUAUUAGCACAAUCUAAUGUAAGCCUUUACAGUAGUCUUGUGUAUGUGUCAUGCACGUUUAUUGUAGUUAAAGAUACAAAUCUAUUUGUCUAAUGUGUAUAUUUAGCUGGAAAUUACACAAGGGAGCGGCAAAAUACUGUAACAUGACUUGUUAGAGAUUUUAAUGGGGAAAAAAAAUCUAGUCAACGCCCCAUUUCAGUUUCCAAUGGAAUUUUUCUCCAAAAAUGUGCCUCGGUUUUUGUGCACUAAUCCAUUUGCCCUGUACUGUAUCAUUCCACCGAAUCAAGUGCCCGACAAAGCACCCUCCAUGUUGGUGCCUCAUUGUCUGUGUGUUUUUUUUAUUGAGCGUGACUGCUAAAUAACACACCAUGGGGCCAAAGAAAAUUGCGAGUGCCAACAAUUUAAAGAAACAAUAAAGAAAAGUGAGAAACACUAUUGAAUUCAAGAAAGAACCACAGGCAUUUAUUGCAGGCUUGAAUUAUCUCACAACUGGCACAAUAAUCCCGCAUAAAAAGAUGGGCUACUGUUGCGGCGGUAGCCCACAGCGAGCUGAAAGUCAAUUCUGAACCACUGAUGUCACUUCCUGUCGGCUACCCACUCCCAAUGCCCACUCACGAAUUUCGCAGCUUCACUCUUAUCACGGUUUUUCAAAAAUAUAAUAAGAAAUCAUACGCUUUAGUGGUUAAAUGCUAUUAUCUGUCAAAAGAAAAUGUGCAUUUUGAAGCAAAUUUGAUGUAUUUUUUUGCCUAAAUAAAGCAUUUUCAAGCACAAAAAUGGCUAAAUGAACUAAAAUAAAAUUAUAGGGCAUUCAGAAGACGCAUUCAAAGACGCUGUGAAUUCUAUGUCGUAGUCUACAGUACACUGGUCACUAGGUGUCAGUAAUGUUACUGUACUGUUUGGUGAGACACACAGGCACCAGACUCGUUCGCCAGAACAACAGGCUUUUAUUGCUGGUUUGCAAUAUCUUGGUAUCUCACAACAGGAGCAAUAAUCCUUAAUAAAAAUCUCAUAAAAUCACAGGCUGCUGUUGCGGCCGUAACCCACGACGUCACUUCCUGUCCACCUGUCACUCAGCCGCCUCUUAAAUGUCUUAUUUUCUGAUAUUCUGUGUACUAUUUUGGUUAUUACGAGUGUAAAGGUGACUAUAUCAUGUGUAGAGAGCACUAAUGAUGGUUAAAAAAAAUGUAUUUAGAAGGUCGUAAACAGGUUUUCUAUGCUCUAACUGCAAAAAUAUUCAAUUUAUAAAUAAGAGAUUCUACUUCGCAAAACGAUUGGAUCUGGAAACAGUUAAUCGUGAUAAACGAGGGAUUACUGUACUUGAAAGUGCAUCUUAAAGCGCCAUACAAAAUAGGAAAAAAAUGUAAUAUUACUGUUAAAAAUGUAAAGCUCAAAAAGAGAUGUGUUGGGUGAAAUGAUUAAAAUAAAAAUCAUACAAUGAAAUAAUUUAUUCAAAUAGACUCCUCCUUCAAGUAAAAGCCUGGCACUCUCUGCAAUUGAGUAAAUCAUGUCGCAUGUAUUACUUUGUUUAUAAUGUAGCGCGUAAAACCUUUGGCUUAAAUAAUGUACUGGCACCCUAGAACGAUUUGCUGUUUCUCACACUCUGGCCUGAUUGGGUGCAGUUGCCAUGGCAACUCUCAUUUCUCGCCUCUCAGCACUCACAAAGCCAUCCCCACACCUCAAUUAAACGAUGGAAAAGUUGUUUCGAUCCCGAGCGCAGUUCUAAACUGCAAGUCAUUUUUCUUUCAUACGCUGUCAUUUGCCUUUUCAAACGUUAUUAAUGGACUGUUAGCAGGGCUGAAAUUGAUGGGAGUUCUAUGUGAAGAUUAGUGGUAUUGAUUAGUUUACAAUCCUCGUGAUUCAGGCUGGAUGACUCAUGCAGCGUUGCGUAUUUACGUACUAAACUGGUUCAUUUUGCUUGUUAUGCACAAAUCCCGGUUUGUGUAUUUAUUAUAAGAUGUUAAUCUGCAUCUAAAGAGCUGCUGUCUCAUUAUGCGUGAUAUGUUGUGUACAUGUGGCUUUCGGCCAAGCGCACAAUAACAACAUAUUUAUGACUCUUUUACAUCAAAUUGUUCCUGUGGUGUUUAUGCAGGCACACACAGAGAUUUUCUCCCCAUUGGUUGUGGUACUUGAGCCAGCACAAUGUGAAGGUCCGUCAUUAUCAUGCAUUGGGGAAACCCACUGUCAGAUAAUAUCCACAUUACCCCAGGCCACGCAGCCAUCCAUGGCCAGUGUCAUCACCUCGCUGGGAUGAGACUUUUAUCUGACCUGUAAUCGGGCCAGAAUAGAUUCUCUCAUAACGGAGACUAAACGUUAUAGUAUAUGAAAGAAAAGCAAUAUAAAGUCUAGCUGUAUUCAUAAAUGUAUAAGGACGAGUUGACCUUAUAUGAGGUGGGAGUAA